AUGAAGAUCAGUAAGUGUGAAGGUGGGCAGGAUGUGUUUGCCACUGUCAGAGAGAACAGCCCUGUGGGAGAAUUCAUUGCCAAUCUCACCUUCACCGGAGACCCUUCAGCCAGUCAUCUCAACCUGAGUCUCACUGGUGAAAAUGCUGACUGGUUUUGGCUGGAAGGAAAGACCAUCAGACUAAAUUCCUCCAUUACACGAGUUUUGGAUCGAGAGGUGCAUGGCCCUAUUUUAAUAGCAACUCUGUCCUGUUAUGAGGACGGAGCCAUCCAGAGUGAGCACAGAAUUGCAGUGGAGAUUCUCAACAUAAAUGACAACAAACCAGAGUUUCUACAAGACACCAUCCAGCCUAUAGAAAUCAGUGAGUUGACUACAGUGAACUCCGUAGCAUUCACUGUUCGGGCAACAGAUGCAGAUGGAGACACACUCAUAUAUGGCAUCGAUGAGACAUCGCCUGAUGCUAGUUAUUUCAGAGUGGAUCUGCCCAACAGUGGUCGAAUAGUUCUGAACAGAUCUCUGGACUAUGAGACUAAAACUCAGCUUCAGCUGCAUCUAUAUGUUGCGGAGAUGAACACAAAAGAGCAUUACAACACAACAGCCACACUAACCAUCAAUGUGACUGAUGGAGACGACCAGUACCCACAAUUCCAGCCGUGCAAACCCCUCUCCUUCAGUCAAAGCAUUUGUGUCAACCCUCUGUACACAGUCAACAUUACUGAACAAGACGAGGAUGUUGUCUUGGAUUUCUCACCUGGCCCAAUUCUAGCGGUGGAUGGAGAUGAGGGCUUGAGAACACCCCUCACUUACACAAUCCUGUCAGGAGCUGAUAAUGGGCGGUUUGUGAUUGACAGUGAGACAGGGGAAGUGAGGCUUACUAAGCGGGUUGAGAACAGACUGCUGACACCUACACUCAGACUACACAUUAUGGCUUCUCAGAUAGACGAUCCUAUGAAGUACUCAGUUGCUACAGCACUGGUGCGAGUUCUGGCAGAAAAUCGAUUCCCUCCUCAGUUUGGCCGUUCCACGUACCAUGGCUUCGUCAGUGAGAGCACCAGCCCUGCCACUCUGGUCAACACCUAUGGAAAUGAACUGCUCAUACUGGAGGCCACUGACCGAGACUUCACAGACGGCUUCAACCCAAAGCUGCAGUAUUCUCUGACCUCGGACUCUAACAGCUCUCAAUCCUACUACAUUACCCAGGAGGGACUUCUGAUCGCCAAAGCCAAUCAGCUGCAGCCAAACCACAAACACUCUCUGGAGGUUCUGGCUGCAGACCAGGAGUCUGGUGAUGUUGUUAAAGCUGUGAUUGACAUAGAGGUUCUACAGAAAGGAGUGCCAGUUCCACAGGGCCCACUGGAAGAGGGGCAACCCUAUGGCAGUGGGACAGUGGGCAGGACAGGGGGCGUGGUGGGGGUCUGUCUGAUCCUGCUAGCCAUUGCCUUGUUUGUUCUGGUAUAUUUUUUGAAAAAGAGGAGGCAGAGACAGGACCCUGCCAACCGUGCCAACGUAGCUGAGGGCAAGCACCCAAAUGUGGUGAAUCACGGAAGACCACAGCCCCAUGUCGAGGAAGCCUACUAUCACAAUGAGGCAUUCAGUGGGUACGAUGCCUCCACCUCUACUUUGCAUGGCACACAGGGCUUUUACACCAAAGCUGAGCAGGACUCUGGUAAAGACCCCCAACCCAAAGUCAGCUUACCGUCAGAUGUUUUAACUUUAACUACGCCCACAACAGAAGAUACUUUUCCGGCUGUAAAGACCAACGGAAAGCUGAUGGACAAACCCAUCAGCAAAUCAGUGUCGUUUCAGGAUUUUGUUGUGGUGAGGGAGUGUGAUUCCCAAGUGGACGAGGACAGAGAAAGAAGUGACAGUGCAGGUUUGGAGGACAUCAAUAUUGAUCUAAUAGGGAUAAGUAUCGAUCUAGAUGGAGUUACUGUAGACACAGAGGAAUCUAGUGCUAACCCAGAGAGCAUCAAUAUUGGACCAGAGAAAAUUAACACUGCAUCAGUUUUGGAGACUCCAGACAUGGACCUGAACAGAGCCAGAAAAGAUCUAGAUAUAGAAAAUGCAAAUUCUGAGAAGCCUGGAAUUGGACAACUUGGAAUUUCAGAUCCAAAGGUAGAACAAGAAGCACCAGAAGAAACAGGACAAACUCUUAGAAAUCUAGACCUGCCAGAGCCAAUAGACAGAAAGCUGUUCAUUCCACAAGAAGACAAGUCUAACUCAAACCAAACAAAAACAGACGUAGGUGAGGGUGUAGCGUCUGACAACACAGCAAGUAAAGAUGCAUCUAAAGCAGACACGCUCAGCACAGCAGAGUCAGAUACGAUAAAGCCCAAUAUGAUAAAGCCAGAUGUCUCAAACACAGUGGCAGAAAUACCAGAUGUGCAAUGUUCCACCAGUAAAAGGCCAGAUACUGCCACCAAUGAGCUUGAGACAGUCAAGCAGGAUAACUUCGUUGCAACUGAAACCAGCUUAUACAUCAAAAAAGUGACCUGUUCCAUGGCUCUGUUUGGAGAGAGAUGUCACCAACUAUCACACAAUGCCAUCAUGCUGGGAGACUGGAAGCCAGCACGUGCUUCCUCUGACACACAUGAAGCCAGCCCCCUUUUUUGA